CACAACACAACACAACACAACACAACACAACACAACACAACACAACACGCCAUGGCUGCCAGAGAACACGAGUCAACCGAGACCACCAAGAGCCCCCCGGUGGGGAAGGCCCGUCGUGUCCGGAACCCCCACCCCUUCGCGAGGCUGGAGAACCCGUCGCCGUGGGAAUCCACCAGGAUGGUCUUCGGGCUCUGCACCGGGCUCGUGAUCGCCCGGCUUUUGCUCCUGCUGGUCUCGACGGCGGUCACGGUCGCCGCGACGGUGGCCCUGCACUCGCUGGGGUGCGAGAGGGCCAGGGUGCACUGCCUGCGCCUGGGCUGCAGGUGGGCCCUGCUGGUGGCCRGCUUUGUGUGGAUCCCCGUGUCCGGCUCUUUUUCCGGAAGCAGCGAACCCGGGAGAAAAGGCCGCGGGCAGGGGACCGCGAGGAUCGUCGUGUCCAACCACCUGUCCAACAUCGAAAUCCUGCACCUCCUCACCCUUCCCUUUGUCGACGGGGAGGGGAACCCCGUCCUGCCCUGCUUCGUCACCAAGGCAUCCGUCUUUGGGGUACCCCUCAUUGGGACCGUCGCRAGGGACGUUCUGGGAUGCAUCGGCGUCGAGCGCCGGACGAAAAAGGCGAAUGCGGAUGCGGAUGUGAAUGUGAAUGCAAAUACAACAAAUGCGAAUGCGAAUGCGAAUACUAAUGCAAAUGUCCGGGAACAGCAACAAUCCGCAGCAGCAGCAGCAACUACAACUACUACUACAACAACCGCUCGAACAGCCACGGAACAGAUCCUGGAGCGGGUCCGCGCCCAAUCCGACCCUGYCACGAAAACAACAAAAACCCGCGGACCGAUCGUUGUCUUUCCGGAGGGCACCACCACCAACGGAACCUGCCUGCUGGCCUUCAAGCAAGGGGCCUUUGCCCCCAUGGUGGAGGUCCUCCCGAUCGUCUAUUCYUUUCGCAAGAACGGAAGGCUUCCGCAAGAAGAUCCGGACCCAAAGACCCCCRGCUCCUUCCUGCCGACGUACGAAUCCAUCUGGGGCCCCGCCUACCUGUGGCGGCUCCUGUCCCAGCCGGUGCACCACCUGCACUGCUCGGUCCUGGAACCGGUCCGGCCGGGAGGGAGGGGACCGGAGGCCUUUGGGGAAAAUACCCGGUCGACCAUGGCGGACGCCCUCGGCGGCCUCCCGCUGGUGCCGGCAAGGUACGACUACCGCCACAAGCUGGCCUACCACCGGGAGCUGAUGGAGGCCUACAAGGCGCACCCCUCCGGGCCGGUCUGGGCCAUGUGCUUUGCGCCGGUGGAGAAGGUCCUGCACAAGAUUCCCGGGGAAGACGAUGGGGAUCCCCGGCCGGGGGAAGGCCGCGGGUACGAYACGGUGGAGGGGAGGCUCCCCGGGCCAAGGACCCCUUGCGAAGGGCACCAAAAAGAGGCCUGAGACAACCGAUUCCUUCGUUUGCCGUUCCGUUCCGUUCCGUGCGAGGGUUUCGAAGCACGGCAAAGGAAUGGGACGGCUGGCGUGUCGCACCACACCAGCUAGUUCUAGUAGUAUUGUACAGUACUUGGCAUUAUCGAGCUGCCCAUUCUCUUUGUUG